CUUGUGUUGGCAGGAGCCUCCGGUGCCCAGGCGCUGGUGUCUUCAAGCGUUUCCGCUGCUGUGACGUCGUCUGCUCCGCGCUGCCCUCCCGUGUGGGACUCGAUUCACUGCUGGCCGCCCGUGGAAGCCGGCAAGAUCCUCACGCUGCCCUGCCGGGAAGUGUUCGGCCGGCUCAACUACACGCAGCACGACGUCCGCUGGGGAGCCGAAGCUCAUCGAGAAUGCGGAAGCAAUGGCACCUGGCUGCACGGAAACUGGACCAACUAUACCGAGUGCUUGGAGCUGCUGCCCCAGUCGGGGCCCAGCAACAUUCCUGCCAUUGCGAGCUACAUUCUUCUCGUCUUCUCACUUGUCAGCCUGGUGGCGCUGUGUGUGACACUGUUCAUCUUCACGUACUUCAAGUCACUGCAGUGUUCCAGGCUGCGGGUGCACAAGAACCUAGUGGCGUCCUUGAUCGUACACUCGAUCUUGCUGGCCGUCAUCUCGUUUCCCAACGUCUUAGGACCUCAUUGGACGACAUACAAUGACGUGGACUGGUUGUGCAAGAGCGUGCUGUCGCUGAAGCUCUACGCGGCCAUGGCGUCCAUCAACUGGAUGUUUGUCGAGGGUCUUCUGCUUCACUCUCGCAUCGCCGUGUCGGUGUUCCAGCAGGAUGCACCCUUCAAGCUCUACUACGUAAUCGGAUGGGGCCUGCCAUCCCUGUGCGUUCUAGCCUGGAGCUUGGUCAUGGAGUCACGCAUGCGCAGUCACUGUUGGCGUGGCUACGGCAACUCGGUCUUCGUCUGGAUCAUCAGCGGACCCAUGAUGGUCGCUCUCCUGGUGAACACGGUCUUUCUGAUAAAUAUCAUCCGCAUUCUACUCACCAAGCUCCAGUCAAACACCUCCAUCGAAACAAUGCAACUGAGGAAGGUGUCCAAGGCGACAGCUCUGCUGUUCCCUUUGCUGGGCAUCACGCACCUCUUCUUCUGCAUCAACCCUCGUGACGACGCCCACUUCGAGAGCGCCUACGUCAUCUGCAACGCACUGCUCCAGUCGUCGCAGGGUCUCUCCGUCUCGAUCCUCUACUGCUUCGUCAACUCGGAGGUGCAGACUGCGGUGCGCAACGCGUACAUGCAGGCGAUGAUCAGGCGCAACCCGAACCGCUACUCCCGCGGCCGCGGCCUGUCGCAGAGCUACUCGACCUACUGCGAGGCCAGCUCGCUGGCGCCAGACCUGCACCCGCACGUGGCUGGGCACAAGGUGGCGCCCCUGCGCAAGGCGCUGGGACCCGCGCGCCGCUACUCGGAGGUCGAGGUCGAGACUCUGGCGUCCAUCGUGGCACCGCCGCACGCUCAGCCCACCAUCAAGUGGGAGCGCAACUGCUACUUCUGAAGCGACUGCCACCAGCCAGACUGAGUCAUCGUCUACAGAAACCUCAUCCUUCCCGCCGCCUCAGCAGUCAAACCUGGCCGGGAACUUGGUCGGCGCCUCACGAUGUCCUCCCGCUCGCGUCACCGAAAGACCGACUGAAACACUGUUGCUACCAAACUUAGGCAAGAUCAAGAAAGCUCUUGCAGACGUGUCUCUCGAGGGACACCGCUGUUGUUCUCCGGAAAUGUGUCUGAAGUGGAGGUUGUGACGUGGGUGGUUCUCGAUGGGGUGCGCCUCGGUUCGUCAUUUACUUAAAACUGUUCAGCGCGCAUGUACACGCGGUGAUUGCCUCACGAUUCUCGCAUCACAUCACCACAAGAUCAGUGAAAGAUUCAUUGCUCUUGGCGUCAAAUGAGUGAAAAGAACUUUGCGGACACGCAGUCGGAGAAGCGCAUGUUUUUCUCACCAAAUCUGUUUGGAACAAUGUGUGGUGUAGAGGGCUUGUGGUGCAUACCUUGUAGGACCAUUUUUCGGUCAUGUGAACCGGCAGAAUCACAAUACUCAUUAUACUCUCUCAUAUUGAACAAUAGAGAUGUGAUGGCAACCCACUUCCAUAUAGAAAAGCUCCUAUGGAAAUGUUAUCUGAAGGACGCCUGUAAUUUUCUCUGAAUGUGUGCUUAUUAGUGAUUGUGUAAGAACUCAGCCGGUGAAAGCAGCUAGUUGUCAAAGCAGCCUCUUUAACUUUGGCAUGGACAACAGUUCUUCCUUGAAGUGACGUCGAGCAAAGGUGUACAAGUGUAUACCUCUAACCCCAUAAGUUUUCGUAGCACGGGAUCCCAGAAAACAUAAAAUUUCGUGGCAAUCUUGUGCCCGCUUUCAAAACCGAAGGUGCAGUGCAUAAUUCUCCUCACAAUAAUCACACCGCUCACCUAAAAUCUAGGCUUUGUUGCAAGAAAUUCGAGAAAAUUAAACUUUUUCGCCGAUUCCGUGCUCCGAAAGGUUUCGCGGUUGGCUUUACGUCCUCGUGUACGAGACAAGCCUUGCGCAAUGGCAUUCGCGCGAUUCGGUGGCCACCUGUGCGAGUGGCGAUCAUCGGAGCGGAGACAUUUAUUCUACUGUCUAGAUGUAUCGUAGAACACAAGGGAAGCGUUGUGGUAAUAAUAGUGUCAUCCAUGACCAGUGUUCCCCAGAAACAUCGUGUUCCUUUGGUCGGUUAUUGAUGACAGGGUGUCAGGUAGUUGCAAAAACCUAUUGCAUCUUACGGAACACAGCGUCCCAUUCUCAUGGAGGAAGUGUUCUCAGGAAACAUUCUUGAUUCAUAUUAUUUCCCGCUGCGUAGCCCGCCUAUACACAGUAUACCCUGUAUACUCGCCUUUAGAAGCUAUCUUGAAAUGUGGAUUUGUCACGUGGAAAUUUUGUCGCCCUACUCUUCUAACAUGCCCCUUGACACAAAAACCUAAUUUCUCUCACGUGUUCUAUAGUGCAUUUAAGAUUAUGGAACUUUGAUUUACUGAAUUCUAUUCGUCUAAUUUCUUUAACCAGCCACGUACAAUCCUUUAAUGACUAAAUGAGUGUCCAAAUUCACCGGAAGUGCAGAUGCAGUGUUAAAUUUAUGACACAUAACGAGUGCAACUCGAUGUUCCUGUCGAUGCCCGAGAGAGGAGUGUGUAGUAACUGAAAUUUCUGCUCAAUUGCUUUUGUUUGUGUGUCAUCUCUUGGUGAGGUACGCUAUGUCACGCUCAGCAUGCAGCUACAACGCACGACCGCUUUGCCACGCGCUUUCGCCUAAUAGCUCGUACUGGGCGCGUUAGUACCAUGAUAGCAUGAAGUGUCUGCGAAUCCAGCAAGUCACAAGUAAACUUUCCAAGCAGUUCCCUUAGGGUAAGUGUAACAAGUCGCUUGCUCCACUGCGCAAGGCAGCCGCCUCAAAAGAAAUACUGGCGAGUGUUUAUAGACCUUCGUAUUUGUCUGUCCGAAAAUGUUAUUCUGUCGUACCUAAUGCGACCGCCAAAAUCCAAUAUAGGCUUCGAUUGCACUAAAUUUUUUUUUAAAUCCCAUGCUCCCUUAUAUUACAUGCCUUCUGUGCAUUUAGCUUUGGAGCUGUUUCGCUGACGCCCGCAUG